AUGUCUAUCAAACGUGCCCUCAGCAAGAUCGUCCCCAAAUCCGACCUGGAUACUUCCUCUCCCGCUCCCAGUCGUCAUUCCACUCAGUCCUCCUCCUCUGGCUUCUCCCCGCGCCGGAGUAUCCUGGCCGGCUUCCUGCGGGAUCGCGGAGACAUCUCCUCUUCCGAAGAAAUCUCCGAUGACUCUUCCAGCACCGGCGCUUUGAGCAAAAAUCAACAGAAACGCUUGGCUCGUCAACAGCGUCGUCAAGAACGAUCCCGCCUCAGUGGGGAAUACCGUCAAUCGGAGGACUCGGAACAUCGGCGGGAGGAUGUUGCCAAUGCGCUUCGGGAAGAGACGGCCGAGAUGAAGGCGCGCUACGGCACCUUGCCUCUAGUCCAGUCGCGCACCCGCUCCGGCGAGUUGCGCACCUCCUUCGACACCAUCUCCAAGGACAUGGUAGGCACGGAGAUCUUCUUCACCGCGCGCUUGCAUGUCGUUCGUCGCAUGAGCGCCAAACUGGUCUUCCUCGUCUUCCGUCAGCAGCUGGUGACCUUCCAGGGUGUCCUGCAUGAAGAACCCGGCGUCAAGUCGAUUGCCAUGGUCCAAUGGGCCGAACAUCUCCGCAUUGGAUCCAUUCUCCAAGUGCGGGGCACCAUUCGGGCUCCCCAGUUGUCAACCCGCGAGGAGCCCGUUCCCUUCAGCGUGUAUGAAGCGGAAAUCCGCUCUCCCGAGGAAGAACGGGUCGAAGGCCGACGCAGUCAUAUUCCCGAUCGCGUCCGCCUGGCCAACCGGCUGCUCGAUUUGCGCACUCCAACGUCGCAAUCAAUCUUCCGCAUUCAGUCGGCCGUUGGGAAUCUUUUCCGUACCGCCCUUGAUGAGCAAGGUUUCAUCGAGAUCCAUACUCCCAAGCUCCAGGGCUCGGCCACGGAAUCAGGAGCCAGCGUCUUCUCGGUCAACUACUUCGGUCGGGAUGCCUUCCUAGCGCAAAGCCCGCAGCUGGCAAAGCAGAUGGCCAUUGCAGCCGACUUCGGGCGGGUCUAUGAAAUUGGUGCCGUCUUCCGUGCCGAAAACUCCAACACUCACCGGCAUUUGACCGAGUAUACCGGCCUUGAUAUCGAAAUGGCCAUUGAGGAACAUUACCAUGAAAUGCUUGACGUUCUGGACGCGGUCAUCAAGAAUAUCUUGCAGGGUGUGUACGGCCGGUAUCGACGCGAGGUGGAGAUCAUCAAGCAACAGUUCCCCUCCGAAGACGUUGUCUGGCUGGAGAAGACACCCAUUAUCCGGUUUGCCGACGGCAUCAAGAUGCUCAAUGACUCCGGUUGGCGUGACGAGGAUGGCAACCUCCUGCCAGAAGACGAGGAUCUUCAUACCCGGGAUGAGAUCCGUCUAGGCGAGCUCGUCAAAGAGAAGUAUGGAACUGACUACUACAUCAUUGACAAGUUCCCUGUGGGUGCCCGGCCAUUCUAUGCAAUGCCAGAUCCCGAUGACAGCCGCUUCACCAAUUCCUUCGAUAUCUUCAUUCGCGGUCAAGAGAUUGUGUCUGGUGGACAACGGAUCCACGACCCGCGCAUGUUGGAGGAGAACAUGCGCCGCAAUGGCAUCAACCCGGACAGUAUGGAAGAGUAUAUGGAAGGCUUUGAAUGGGGUGCUCCGCCGCAUGCGGGUGCCGGUGUAGGCUUGGAGCGUCUGGUGAUGCUGCUGCUGAAACUGGGCAAUAUCCGCCUGGCCUCUCUCUUCCACCGAGAUCCGAAAAGCUUCCCCGCCAAACCCCCGAUGCUGCAGCUCCGCCAUCCGGAAUCCUCGACGAUGGAGCCGGCAUGGCUGCGGGAUCGAAUUGGGCCCGUCGCUCCCAGCCAGGAACAUCUGCAGCCUUUGGAACACCUGGUCGCAAACUACGGCGACGCUACUGCGACAUCCUGGGGCGACGAGCGCUUCAAGAUUUGGCGGGAUAUGGGAACAGGCGCGGCCAUCGCCUAUGUGCCCAGCACCAGCCACUAUGCGGUCAUCCCUGGGGAUCCACUUUGCGACCCUCGUCAAUACAAUCGCGUGAUCACCCAAUUUCUCCAGUGGCUGCGGCGAGAGACCAAAUACAAGCCGAUAUGGCUUUUGUGCUCGCCGCAGGUGGAGGCAAUCUUGGGGGAGAAGCUGGGCUGGCGCAGCAUGUCGUGCAUUGCUGAGGAGCGCGUCGACCCCUCCCGCAACCAAGCCGCCUCGGAUGGGGAGAUUGCUCGCAAGAUCCGACACGCGGAGAACGAAGGGGUCAAGCUGGUCUCGCUCAACCAGGGCGAGAUGGUAUCGGACAAGAUUCGCGAGCAGAUCGACCAGCGCAUCCAGGACUGGCUGUCGAACCGCAAAGGGACCCAGGUCCACCUGUCGGAGAUCCGGCCCUGGCAUGACUCCGAGCACCGGUGGUCAAGUACAGUUUCGACUUUCCCGGAGCCCCCGAACGGUGUGAUAGAGCACAUUGUCACCCAUGCCAUCCAGACGGCCGCCCGAUUUGGAGUCAAGUCGCUCACCUUCGGCGCGGGGGCCACGACGACCCUCACCCCGGGCCACAACAUGCACGGGCCGAAGAUCAAGGUGCUGCAACGCACUUACGAAGCGCUGGCGAAGCAAUUCCACCUGGUGCGCAAGAGUGAGUUCCGCGCCAAACUCGGAGCGCAGGACGAGCCCCUCUAUAUCUCAUAUCCGCCUCACGGACUGGGGUCGAAGGGUAUUCGUGCCGUUCUGCAUUUCUUUGAAGAUUGA